AUGCUACUAAGGGUCAGCCCCAGGCGGUUUCUGGAGCACCAUCUUCUCUUUGUGGAGAAGGCAGAGGAGCAGCACCCGGCUCAGAAACCCCUCCUGCCUCCAUUCAUGACUGAGGAAGCCUCCGUGGCAGCCGAGCCAGACCUGCCGUCCUCCAACCUCACCAACGCGACCGACUGCGGCGAGGAGAUCCUGCUCUAUGGGGACACGGAGAAGGUCGUCAUCGGCGUGGUGCUCUCCAUCAUCAUCCUCAUGACCGUUGCUGGCAACCUGCUGGUCAUCAUCUCCGUGUGCAUCGUCAAGAAGCUCCGGCAGCCCUCCAACUACCUGGUGGUGUCCCUCGCAGCUGCCGACCUGUCGGUGGCCUUUGCUGUCAUGCCCUUCGUGACCAUCACAGACCUGGUCGGGGGAGAGUGGCUCUUUGGGAAGGUUUUCUGCAAUGUGUUUAUUGCCAUGGAUGUUAUGUGCUGCACGGCCUCCAUCAUGACCUUGUGCAUCAUCAGCGUGGACAGGUACCUGGGGAUCACUCGGCCGCUGACAUACCCUGUGAGACAAAACGGGAAGCUGAUGGCCAAGAUGGUCUUCAUCGUUUGGCUCCUCUCUGCCUCCAUCACGCUCCCUCCUCUCUUUGGCUGGGCCAAGAACGUCACCGUGGAAAGAGUCUGCCUCAUCAGCCAGGACUUCGGCUACACCGUGUACUCCACGGGGGUUGCCUUCUACAUCCCCACGGCCGUCAUGCUGGUCAUGUACAGCCGGAUCUACAAAGCUGCCAAGGACAGCGCCGAGAAGCACCGCUUCAUGAACUGCCCCAAGCACUACGAGGGGGAAGGCGUCUACUGCCUGGAGACCUCCAGCCGCAGCCACCGCAGCUCCCGGCGUACCAAGGCGGCGGAGGAAUGCGCCACGCUCUCCAAGCUGCUCCGGCAGGACCGCAAGAAUAUUUCCAUCUUCAAACGGGAGCAGAAGGCAGCCAGGACCCUCGGCAUCAUCCUGGGGGCCUUCACCUUUUGCUGGCUUCCCUUCUUCCUGAUGUCGACGGCUCGGCCGUUCAUCUGCGGCAUCCGCUGCAGCUGCAUGCCCCUGAGGCUGGAGAGGACUCUGCUCUGGCUGGGCUACACCAACUCCCUCAUCAACCCCUUGAUCUAUGCUUUCUUUAACCGAGACUUGAGGACUACUUUCUGGAACCUCCUGAGGUGCAGGUACAGGAACAUCAACAGGAGGCUCUCCGCUGCCAGCAUGCACGAGGCCCUGAAAGCCACAGAGAGGCAUGAAUGCAUCCUGUAG